GCUGCAAGCAGCGAUGGCGGGCUCAAGCCACCAAUGCCAUCGCCACCCCGGUGGCAUCAGCUCGAGCUCGAGGCGGUGGGGAAGCAGUUUCGCGACCUUGAACAGAAGCAGGCCCAGCUGAGAGAGCAGAGAGCCGCGCUGGAAUCAUCCCGGGCUGACGCUCACAAGUCCGGGGUAAGUAUACAGCGUGCUGUUAACAGUCCCACCACGUCUACUCCGUGUGUUUCUCUGCGCAGGCCCGGUGAACCCAGGACGCGAUCUUCCCAGAUGUCCUUCACUGCGACGCCGGGACACCACGGACCCUGGGUGCAUCCACAGCGGUUGACGCGAGCUGGGUCCCGGGCGACGACUUCCCCCCCUCCUGCCUUCGAGAUCUCCAUCCAGAACCGCUUCGCUCCCCUCCGUGAGACAGGACGCGACGCUGUGAUCGUCGGAGACUCCAUCGUCCGACACAUACCCGCGAUCCUGAAGGACGGCGAGAGCCCCAGAGCGGUCGUGCUUCACGCCGGGGUUAACGACACCACGCUGCGGCAGACGGAGACGCUGAAGAGGGACUUCAGGAGCCUGAUCGAGACAGUUCGCAGCACGACGCCCGCGGCGACGAUCGUCGUGUCAGGACCACUGCCCACGUAUCGACGAGGACACGAAAGGUUCAGUAGACUUUUUGCUUUAAAUGAAUGGUUGUUGUCAUGGUGUAAAGAACAGAAACUGCUAUUUGUUAAUAACUGGAAUCUUUUCUGGGAGCGUCCUAGACUGUUUCGCGCUGAUGGAUUACACCCCAGCAAAAUUGGAGCGGAGCUUCUCUCUGACAACAUCUCCAGGACACUUCGCUCCAUGUGACUAUUUUCUUUUCUCUGUGCCGGAUUGCUGAUGUCCUAUACUCAGGCAUAGAUGUCCAUCCAUCAAUUACGAACAUUCAGCCGCAAACAUGAGGUGUGAGCGGUCGCGAGCGCGGAUGGGAGAAUGGCGCAUGUUUUUUUUUUUUUUUUUUUUUUUUUUGAGCACCUGGGAUGGUGCCCCCUCUGGGAGUUGGUGCCCUACGAAGACUGCAUACUAUGCAUAUAGGGAGCGGCGGUACUAUCUUGAAGAUAUAUUCCUCAAACCAUUUUACAAGAGGAGGUGAUGCUAAUCCUUCAAGAAUCGCAUAAAAGCUAUUCAAGUGUACAGUUUCCUUUUAUUGCAUCUUGAAAUAAAUAUUUCUGAAUUCUGAAUCAAACUGGGUUGUGUUUAUUUAUUUAUUUUAUAAGACAACUGAGACUUAAAUCUCCUUUGUAAUAUAUGUACUUUUAAACCAAGAACAAUUUAUUUAUAGAUGUAUUACUGCUUAAUAAUGACUAUUAUUAAGGGAAAAUGCUUUAUAAUCAUGAACUAUUUACUAAUGCUUAGCUAAUGAGUGCAAUUAUUAUAAAGUGUUACCAUUGCAUAUACUAAUGUUAACAAAUUAGACAUUAUUUUACAGUGUUACCAAAUCCUUAAAUAAUGUAUUAGUGUUUUGUAAUGAUUUUAAUGACCUAUAAGCAUUUGUGAAAUAGUUUUGCUUGCAUUGCAGCUUUAUCUGUCAGUUGAAGAGUUUUACUGUUACAUCCAUGAGAUUAAUAAAUGUCAUGUCACGUCACAGGUUGUCAUAGGUCAGUAUCAAAUGAGUUUGAAAUUAUUAUUUGCAGCACAAAUUAGGGUUCUUAGGAUGUUUUUAAAUCCCUAAAACUGUCAGAAAAGGAUAAGGCCUAAGAGAUGUCUUAACCUGUAAUGAAAGGAAAAAAACACCACCAUUAGCAACAACAAAAACAAAAACAAUUUAAAAUACAGAUUUUUUUUUCCUGAUUAUUAAAAGGAUGAUCAGGUCUCUCUCUCUCU